CCCCUUUUCAGUGAGAGCAUCCCCCCAACAAUACGCCAAAAGAAAGUCAAUUAGUAGUAAAAACAUCUGGUCGAGGAGCCAACAGCUCCAAGUACAGCCACUAAACGAAAAUUUAUUGGGUGCGGGGGCAGCAACAGUAAGAAGCAAGCAGCUGGAGGAACAGACGACUGGCACUAAAAACAACGCAAGUGGAGCCAAUGAGGGAAUACCCUGCCUAACGCUACGGCCUGAGGUACCGAUUAGUCUAUCGAUUAGUCUAUCCAUCAACAAUCGAAGCGGUCAGCACGUGGAACAGCGAACAAAAACGGAAUAAUUAAAAGCACCAAGAACCAAUUUAAGAAAUUGUUGAAAAUGUCUUUGUCAAAGCAGAACAGCAAGGCCACCAACAAGAAAUCGGACCUGCAAGUGGAAAACUUUCCAGCCUGUGCCGUCGAGGCCCUGGCUCGCAUAGAAACUCUUAUUGCUGGCGGAAAUAAUCAGAAUUUGGUAAUGCAAAUUAUUUCGAAAUAUAUUUUCUUGGAGCGCAGCAAGGAUGGAGACGGGCGUAAGUCCCAGGCCCAGGCCCAGGCCCAGCCAACUAGCCAGUUGAACGUAUUUAAGGAGUUUCAAUUGACAAUUGCGCUGAUUGAAUACUUUUCGAAGCCGGGAUCAAAACUGAAUGCCACGUACAAUGUGAUAUUUCUAUCGCUCUUUGGCAGCCACCUGACACCCGAGCGCACCAGGCUGCUGUGCAAAGUCAUAAGCCUGGCCAUUUCGGGCGCCGUCUCUGGCGUGCUCUUCUCGGCCGGCGUGUGGCUGCAGCAAGUGGGCUGCAAGACCCCAACGGGUCUGGAAAUCGCACAAUGCAUUGUCACCGAUUUCAUAUUGUUUGCGCGCAAGCCAUCGGAGACACUGAAGCAAUUGCCGAUGAUUGCCCCGCAGUUUGCGGCCAACUUUGUGACUGCCGUGGCCGAGCUGUAUCUGAAUGAGCAGCGAUCGGCCGCACUGACACCGCCACCGGUUGCUCUCUUGAAUGUGAUCACCGAAUGGAUGACUGAGUGCCCAGCCUUGUGCGAAGCAUCGCAGCAGUUCCUCGCGGGCCUCUUGCGUUGGGCUGUACUUGCGCCAUUGGUGUCCAAGCGGCCCGCAUAUAGCCAAUUGCAUUUAUCGAUACUUAAAUUGCUCCAGAAACAUCCAGCCAGUGGCGAGUCGAGCGCUCUACACAUCCAGGACUUGAUGCAGAUCUAUCAGUCGUUGCAGAACUUUUGCGCUCGUUUAACUGGAGCCGGUGUGGAUCCGCCGACCAGUGAGGCGUAUCAAAAGUGCAUGGAACGCUUCGCCCAGGCUGUGCAGAUCGCCAUUUACUCCAAACGCAUCCCAAAUCCGAUGCAGCUGCUGUGCACACUGAAGCUGCUGCCGAGCCACAAGCUCAUGAAUAUCGUUAUAGCUGCUCACAAGAAGUAGUGUAGCUUUAUUUAGUUUCUGGUUUAAAUAAAUGCAAACAAUUUUGGCAGCUCUUGGAAGCUGAUUGAUUUU